AUCAACGCCUCCAGGCUUUGGGUCAGGUGACCAUGAAGUGCGAGGGGCGGAGCCGCGGCCUGGCGCGAGGAACCGUUAAGAUAGACAACGAAUAUAACCAAUGAGGUACUCCGACUCGGGCGUUGGGAACCCAAUAACAGCGUCGAGGCGGGCGCCUUCCCGGAGCGCGGGGAGAUGUAAAGACGGACAAAUAGUUUUUCCAAUGAGAAGGCUGACGAGUGAGUUAAUGGACCAAUGAGGUCUGCGGGGCGGGAGCCUUUGCCGCGGCGGAGUCCAAGAUGGCGGCGUGCGAGUCCGCUGUGUGAAACGAGCGCGGGGUGGCGGGUUAGUCAGCUCCGCAGAGACGACCUCCGGCGACCCUCCACCAUGAAAGGGAAGGAGCGCUCGCCGGUCAAGCCCAAGCGCUCCCGCGGUGGCGAGGACUCCAGUUCUCGCGGAGAACGGAGCAAGAAGUUAGGGGGCUCCGGCGGCAGCAAUGGGAGCAGCAGCGGGAAGGCGGACGGCGGCGGGUCGCGGCGGAGCCUCCACCUGGACAAGUCCAGCAGCCGAGGCGGCAGCCGCGAGUAUGACACCGGCGGGGGCAGCUCCAGCAGCCGCUUGCACAGUUACAGCUCCCCCAGCACCAAAAAUUCCUCAGGCGGGGGCGAGUCGCGCAGCAGCUCCCGGGGUGGAGGCGGGGAGUCACGUUCCUCCGGGGCCGCCUCCUCCGCGCCCGGCGGCGGGGACGGCGUGGAGUACAAGACCCUGAAGAUCAGCGAGCUGGGGUCGCAGCUGAGCGACGAGGCGGUGGAGGACGGGCUGUUCCACGAGUUCAAACGCUUCGGUGAUGUAAGUGUCAAAAUCAGCCACCUCUCGGGCUCUGGCAGCGGGGAUGAGCGGGUGGCCUUUGUGAACUUCCGGAGGCCCGAGGACGCGAGGGCGGCCAAGCAUGCCCGAGGCCGCCUGGUGCUCUAUGACCGGCCUCUGAAGAUAGAAGCCGUGUACGUGAGCCGGCGCCGCAGCCGCUCCCCGUUGGACAAAGAUCCCUACCCGCCGUCGUCCAGCGUGGUGGGAAGCUCCGUGGGGAGCCACCGGCACGCCCCCGGAGGAGGCGGCGGUCAGAGGUCACUUUCCCCUGGCGGGGCCGCGCUGGGAUACAGAGACUACCGGUUGCAGCAGUUGGCUCUCGGCCGCCUGCCCCCUCCACCCCCACCCCCAUUGCCCCGAGAGCUGGAAAGAGAACGAGACUAUCCAUUCUAUGACAGAGUGCGCCCAGCGUACAGUCUGGAGCCCAGGGUGGGAGCUGGAGCCGGGGCCGCUCCUUUCCGAGAAGUGGAUGAGAUCUCACCCGAGGACGAUCAGCGUGCCAACCGGACACUUUUCCUGGGCAACUUAGACAUCACUGUGACAGAAAAUGAUCUAAGAAGGGCUUUUGAUCGUUUCGGAGUCAUCACAGAAGUGGACAUUAAGAGGCCUUCUCGGGGCCAGACCAGUACCUAUGGUUUUCUUAAAUUUGAGAAUCUGGACAUGUCUCACAGGGCUAAACUAGCAAUGUCUGGCAAAAUUAUAAUUCGGAAUCCAAUCAAGAUUGGUUAUGGUAAAGCUACACCCACUACCCGACUUUGGGUGGGUGGCCUGGGACCUUGGGUGCCUCUUGCUGCCCUGGCACGAGAAUUUGAUCGAUUUGGCACCAUACGAACCAUAGACUACCGAAAAGGUGAUAGUUGGGCCUAUAUACAGUAUGAAAGCUUGGAUGCAGCUCAUGCUGCCUGGACCCAUAUGCGUGGAUUCCCACUUGGUGGCCCAGAUCGUCGCCUUAGAGUAGACUUUGCAGACACAGAGCACCGUUACCAGCAGCAGUAUCUUCAGCCUUUGCCCUUGACUCAUUAUGAACUAGUGACAGAUACUUUUGGACAUCGAGCACCUGACCCUUUGAGGAGUGCUCGGGAUAGGACACCACCCUUACUAUACAGAGAUCGUGAUAGGGACCUUUAUACUGAUUCUGAUUGGGUGCCACCCCCACCACCAGUUCGAGAACGCAGUGCUCGUGCUGCAGCUAGUGCUGUGACUGCUUAUGAGCCCCUGGAUAGCUUGGAUCGAAGGAGGGAUGGCUGGUCAUUGGACAGGGACAGAGGUGAUCGGGAUUUGCCCAGUAGCAGGGACCAGCCGAGGAAGCGAAGGCUGCCUGAGGAAAGUGGAGGACGGCAUCUGGAUAGAUCACCUGAGAGUGACCGGCCACGAAAACGUCACUGCACUCCUUCUCCUGACCGAAGUCCAGAACUGAGCAGUAACAGAGAUCGCUACAACAGUGACAAUGAUCGGUCGUCCCGUCUUCUUCUUUUGGAAAGGCCUUCUCCAAUCAGAGAUAGACGGGGCAGUUUGGAGAAGAGCCAGAGUGAGAAGCGAGACCGUAAAAACUCUGCAUCAGCUGAAAGGGAUAGAAAGCACCGGACAGCUGCUCCCACAGAGGGAAAAAACCCUCUGAAAAAAGAAGAACGGUCUGAUGGCAAUGCACCCAGUACCAGCACUUCUUCAUCAAAGCAGAAACCUCCUUCCCAGAAACAGGAUGGAGGGACAGCUCCUGUGGCAGCAUCCUCUCCCAAACUCUGUUUGGCUUGGCAAGGCAUGCUUCUACUGAAGAACAGCAACUUCCCUUCCAACAUGCAUCUAUUGCAGGGUGACCUCCAAGUUGCUAGCAGUCUGCUUGUGGAGGGUUCAACAGGAGGCAAAGUAGCCCAGCUCAAGAUCACUCAGCGUCUCCGUUUGGACCAGCCCAAGUUGGAUGAAGUAACUCGUCGCAUCAAAGUGGCAGGGCCGAAUGGUUAUGCCAUACUUCUGGCUGUACCUGGAAGUUCUGACAGCCGGUCCUCCUCUUCCUCAGCCACAUCAGACACUGCCACCUCUACUCAGAGGCCACUUAGGAACCUUGUGUCCUAUUUAAAGCAAAAGCAGGCAGCUGGGGUGAUCAGCCUCCCUGUGGGAGGCAACAAAGACAAGGAAAACACGGGGGUUCUUCAUGCCUUCCCACCUUGUGAGUUCUCUCAGCAGUUCCUGGAUUCCCCUGCCAAGGCACUGGCCAAAUCUGAAGAAGAUUACCUGGUCAUGAUCAUUGUCCGUGCAAAACUGGUGAACAGCGGAUGAAGAUACGGAAUUCAAAGCUCUAAUGGACCUUUUUGAAGAGAAGUUGUGGCUUAUGUGGAGUUUACAUGGGCCUCUGAUGGAAGAAAGCUAAUCUGUUUAGUAUUUUGUGCAUUUUACUAAAAUGGCAGCUUAACAUUGUGUAUCUGCUAUUGUGAUGCCAAUGCCGGUGUUUUAAGUGGAAAAAUGACCUCUUUGCUUUGUGCUGUGUACACAAGAUUUCUGGAAAAGUAAAGAAAAACCCUUUUUAUGGCUCACACAGCUUAAAAGUAGCUGUCACUCAAACAUGGGCUCACAGUUGAGCUGCUUUUGUUUUAUUCUAAAUAAAUUGUUUCU